AGGGGGACGCAAGGAGAAGAGCUGGAUUCGGAGACUAAAUUGUCUGUAUCGGCGGCUGUGAAGGCGAUGGCUGAUUAAAGUUAUAGGGGCAGAAAUCCAGGGGGCAUUUAGAGAUCCGGGCCCAGACUCGGAGGCACCGGAGCGGGAAGGAGGACAGAAGGAGGAAGGUGGGAGAGGAGACGGGCGAAGGCGAAGCCGAAGAGCCGACACUCGCACAAAGGCGCAGGGGGGAUUUAUGCGGAAUUGGAGACAGAAUCCGAGGAGCCGCGGCGAAAGAAUGACGAGCGAAAAGUAUGCAACCGCCGUGGUCCCUCACCUGAGGUGAAACGAGAACAUGAUAGAAGAAACACACCCAAACGAUGACAGCUACAUCGUGCGUGUGAAAGCGGUGGUGAUGACGCGGGACGACUCGAGCGGCGGCUGGCUGGCCCAGGACGGGGGCGCUCUGAGCAGGGUGGGGGUGUGCCGCCUCCUGCCGCCGGAGCUGGCCCCCGUGCCGGCCUCCUGCAGCUCCCAGUUCCUCAUCCGCGGUGAGCGGCUACGGGACAAACAGGUGAUCCUGGACUGUCCCCUGAGGAAGGACCUGGUGUACACCAUAGCAACGCCCACGUUUCAUCACUGGAGGGUGGAGGACAGGAAGUGCGGCCUGUCCUUCCAGGGUCCAGCCGAUGCCAGGGCUUUCGACAGGGGGGUGCGGAAAGCCAUCGAGGACCUGGCAGAAGGCUCCACCACCUCCUCUACAGCACUCCAGAACGAGGGCGAGCUGGGGGACGACGACGUCUUCACCAACACCACAGACAGCUCAUCCAACUCCUCCCAGAAACUGGAGAGCUCCCUGCAGCCGCUCGAGUCCUCGCCCCUUCCGCAGAGACACAAGUGCGUGAUGGGACAUCGCCACGACCUCCACGACCCCUACCGGCUCUCAGACCACUACUUCUUGGACCAGCCCUUGUCUCGGCUUCCUCGCCACGUCACUUUCCAGGAGGACGAGGAAAUCGUCCGUAUCAACCCUCGGGAGCGCAGCUGGGAGCGAACCACAGAGCGCCACUAUGGACGCCAGUCGGACCGCCCCUGGCUUGGGGGCUACGAGGACUACCGCCACGCCACCGUGCGGGACAAGUUCAUCCAGAUGGACGAGUCAGAGUCCUACGUCCACUUCGCCAAGACCGAGUCGCAGAAGCACGACUACACGUACCCUCUGGCACCGGCCCUGUCGCCAUCAGACUCUGACCCCGCACUCGGACCCUUGACCAAUAAGGGCCAUUGUGGCUCAUAUCGCCACGGCUUCUCCUCGGUUGUGCAUAACCAGCCCCGCUCUUUCCUCCCGAGCUCGUCCCCGUCCACCAACGGCGGGAAGGGUCGGAAGGAGGACGGGGUGGAGCGCUCACAGUGCGAGCACUGCGGCGAGGCGUUUUACAUCUCAGACAACCGAAGGGGGCGGUGCCAGGAUGCUCCGGACCCUGUGCGGGCGUGCGUCCGGCGGGUCAGCUGCAUGUGGCUGGCAGACACCAUGCUCUACCACUGCAUGUCCGACCCGGAGGGGGACUACUCAGACCCCUGCUCCUGUGACGGGGGCGAGGGCGGCGGGGGAGGCCGGUUCGGUACACGCUGGUUAGCGCUGCUGGGCUUGUCUCUGGUGGCGCCCUGCCUCUGCCUCUACCCGCCGCUCCACGCCUGCCACCGGGCGGGGCUCACGUGCGGGUGCUGCGGAGGCCGACACAAAGCAGUGAGCUGAGCCGCCGGUGCCCGGGAACCUCUCGGAGGAAGCGACGAAAAUCUAAACCCAACGCAAGCACAGGGAAAGGGAAGGAUGGGGAAAUGCACAGAGAGGAGCAGCGGCCCGACCGCUCGCUCUCUUGCCUUGGUUUCUCUGGGUUUCUCUACAAAUUCCAGACACUGAAAUAAGCCAAAAAAAACUAUUGGUGCAUUUUCUAUACGGCCUGGGAAGAUAAGCUCCCCCGCACGGCAGACAGUUCUCUCACCUCUUCACGUGGCCAUUUCAUGCUCUGUUUCUAGUGAGAGAGCACUCUUUUUCAGGGGGCCUUUUUUAUAGCUGACCUAUAUGUCAUGUAUCACAUAUGCAGGUACUUUAUACUUUGUACACUGACUCGGCGUCAAAGAACUUGAAUUGUUUCUUCUUUUGUUUCUUUCUCUUCUUUAAUGUACGCGUGGCCAUUUUGUUUAUAUUCUAUUCCAAUAUCAGGCCCGCUCGGCUCAGCUCCAGCUACCAGAGAAAUCAGACACUACACCUCUUCAUGUGCGACUCUGUGUGUGUGUGUGUGAGUGUGUGGAUUGUGUACGCGCAUGCUUACAAUGUGUGCGGAGGCCUUCUGUUGUCUGUGCUGCAGCUCACAGUGAAGCUCAUGUCGUCCACGUCGCGCUCCACCCUCGACGUCCUCUUUGUUCCCUGAAACAAACGUGGUACUCGUCUUAAUCUUCUUCUAAAAUCCCAAAGAUUCAUUGUUAUCCUAUUUAUUUUCUCACUGAAUUGAUUCAGUGGUUGAUUCGUGGUUUACUCACUGACCCGCUCGGCCCGCUCGGCCCGCUCGGCGCUUCGGCUCCGCUCGGCC